UGUCGUACACACUUCUGACGAACAAGCAGCGAUUGAAGCUGUUCCCUUUGCCAACCACUUGUGAUGCGCUUAGGGAGUAACUUAGAUCUCGGCCACGUGGCAUGUCGUCAUCGCCGCCCCCAUCUACCGCUCACUGUCGCCUCCAUUACGAGGUCAACUACUACUCUCCACACUGAGGAACAUGAUGAUGAUGAUGAAGAUGAAGACGCAGCUGCUGCUACUGCUGCUACUGCUGCUGCUGAUGAUGAUGAUGAUGAUGAUUAUGAUGAUGAUGAUGAUGGCAAGGAUAAGGAAGAGGAGGAGACAGAGGAGGAGACAGAGGAGGAGACAGAGGAGGAGACAGAGGAGGAGACAGAGGAGACGAUGAGGAGGAGGAGAGCCAGGGGUGGACUAAAUCCACAUCAGCUUAUUGAUGAUGACUAUCGUGAUGAUGACGAUGACGAUGAUGGUGAUGAUGACGAUGAGGAGGGGGAGGAGGAGGAGGAGGAGGAGCACAACAGGGAGUAUGAGAGACAAGAGGUGUACUGACACUAGGCAGUUUUGGAUGAAUCUGAACGAAACCAAGGUCAAUUACAUCCAGUUAAGUCGAGUAUGCCGAACUUGUCCCUCAUAUUACUCGAUGAUGAUAAAGAGCAAGCCAUUUG